AUGUCCAAAGUAUUUUUUGAUCUCUCCGAAGGCGGCGUUCCUAAAGGCCGUGUUGUGUUCCAAUUGUACAAUGACGUUGUCCCCAAGACCACCGAGAACUUUAGAGCUUUAUGUACUGGAGAAAAGGGCGAAUCAGCCAAAUCUGGCGCCAAACUCCACUAUAAGGGCAGCACGUUCCAUCGUGUGAUCAAAGACUUCAUGUGUCAAGGUGGAGAUUUCACCCACGGAACUGGAGUCGGUGGUGAAUCCAUCUAUGGCGAAAAAUUCGAGGACGAAAACUUUAAAUUGAACCAUGACAAGCCAUUUUUGUUGUCGAUGGCCAACGCUGGUCCAGGCACCAAUGGCUCGCAGUUCUUCAUCACCACGGUGCCCACGCCGCAUUUGAACGGUAAACACGUUGUUUUCGGUGAGGUUAUCCAGGGAAAAUCCAUCGUUCGUCAAAUGGAAAGAUGUGAGAAAGGUGCCAACGACAAGCCUGUCAAGGACUGGGUCAUUGCUGACUGUGGUGAACUCCCUGCUGAUUACGUGCCUGAGAAGUCUCAGGUUGCAGAUGAUGGCACUGGCGAUAUCUAUGAAGAGGUUUUGGCUGAUGAUGACAAGAUCGAUGUAAACAAGCCUGAAACGGUGUUUGAGGCGGUCAAGUUCUUGAAGGAUUUAGGUACAAAACUCUUGAAGGAGGGUCAAUUCGCCAAGGCAUACGCUAAGUACAAGAAGGGUACGGAGUACUUGGCAGAUUUCUUCCCAGAAGACUUGUCUAAGGAAGAUAUUGCUGAGAAGACCAGCUUAAACAUCUCACUCUUCUUGAACGCAGCAUUGGCUGCACUUAAGGACAAGAACGGUAAGAACGCCAUCUACGCAGCCGACCAGGCGCUUUCGUUUGAGGAAAUCGACGAAAAGCUGCUGGCCAAGGCCUGGUACAGAAAAGCUUCCGGCUACCUUCUUGCUAAGGACGAAGACAAUGCACAGAAAUCGUUUGAGGCGGCCUUAAAAUUGUCGCCCAAUGAUCCUGCUGUGUUGAAGGGCUUGCAGGAUGUUAAAGCAAGUGCCAAGGCUCGCAAGGAGAAGCAGAAGAAGGCUAUGGCCAAGUUCUUCUCAUAG